GGCAUUUGAUAAAUGUUGAAUCCGCAGUAAUCCACCUGUUGCAAAUUUCCGGUAACUAUGGUGCCAGAAGCAUAAACAACGGUAAACAUGACGACGACCGUUGUUUUGUGCAAACGCUUUUUUCUCCACCAUCUAUGACGCCCGGACAAAGAUGAAUUUUGAAGAAAACAUCAUUAAAAGACAAAAUUCAAGCGAAUACUUCGACACUGUGAUCGGUCACAUCGAGGACAUAGUAAUCGGCGAAGAGUUUCAGCGGAUGGUCAAUCAGUUCAUGGAGUGCUACUACUAUGAGUUUGAACCGGGAGAAGAGAACAAAAUCGUCUACACGGAGAUCUACCAGAAGUAUACGAACAUGAUCGAGGCGCACAUCGUCGAGCAUCUGAACCGGAAGAUGAGCUGCUUCGAUAUGGAUCUGUUUGCGAUGGAGCUGGAGAACAAAAAGACGCAGCUCGACGGGGAGAUCUUUGAGCUGCUGUACACGCUGACCGACUUUCUCGCCUUCAAGGAUAUGGUGCUGGAUUACAAGGCGUUCAAGGAAGGCGCAUACGACGAUCUGAGCAAGGGCAUCAGCGUGACGGGUCUGCAGAAAUAGUACCUCCGGCACGGGUUAAGCGUCUUAGUAGGUUUGCCGAUUUCUCACGCAUCAGAAGGUUGUUACGAGUCACUUUAUCCAACAGGUUUACGCAUUUAUUUUCGAUUUGCAUUGUAAGUGUACGAAGAACACGUUUAGCUUAAAAGAUAGAAGGGUUUUAGACAGUGGGGGCGCCCUCAGUGCAUGAGGAUUUCCGUUUGAAUGAGCCUACUGUUGGUAUCGCCGGGCAUACGGUACGGCACCAUCGCGGCCAUGUUGGUCAGGGCCUUUGCUUGCUCGCGCAGAUAGCUUAGUUGCUGUGUGUGUAUGCGUAUGUAUUUGUGUUAAAGAAACAGAAAAUAAUCAUUAUUAACA